UUAUACUCCAGUUCAUCACCAGUUCUACAAGUCACCACAGAAACAUUUGACAGCCUGAUCCUCGAAUCGAACCACACGAGUAUGGUCGAGUUCUACGCGCCAUGGUGUGGUUAUUGCAAGAAAAUGGCGCGAGACUACCAGAAAGCAGCUAAGGCCCUCCAAGGCCUGGCCAAGGUAGCUGCAGUCAACUGCGAUGUGGAGAGCAACAAGGGCUUGUGCGCGUCCCUGGGCGUGCGCGGUUUCCCUACGCUCUAUAUUUUCAAGCCGGGCAAAAAGUUCGGACAGCCAGAUAUGGAGGGCUACGACGGAGCAAGAACAUCCAAGGCGAUAGUCGAUGCGGUCGUCGAAAACAUCCCAAACCACGUCAAGAGAUUGAAAAAUGCCACCUACGCUGCAUGGGUCGCGGAUGACACGAAGCCAAAAGCCAUCCUGUUCUCGAAUAAGCGCCCUGUUAGCGCCCUGCUCAAGUCAGUCGCGAUCGACUUUCUUGAUGCGAUACACAUAGCUCAGAUUCGGAGUAAGGAGACAGAUGCCGUUGAGGCGUUCAACGUGGACAAGUUUCCUACAUUGGUCCUUCUCCCUGGGAAUGGCGCUGAACCGAUCACCUACGAUGGCGAGAUGAAAAAAGACUCGAUUGUCAAGUUUCUCUCAACUGUCGCAAGUCCCAAUCCUGAUCCAUCUACGAAGGACAAGCCAAAGGAGGACAAGGAGGCAUCGAGCGGGUCUUCUGACACGGACAAGUCUUCUGCAUCUCCCGACGCACAUGAAACUCCUAAAGCACAACCACUAAAGCAAGCUUCCCCCAAGGCUGCGAGUGAUGCCAAGGCAAUUCCUUCAAUUGCAGACGGCCUGAUACUUCAGCAAAAGUGCCUUAAUGACAAAGCCGGUACCAGUAUCCUUGCCAUCUUGCCUGAAGAAGAUGAACCAUCUGCUCAAACGAGCCAGGCGGUCAAGAGUCUCUCGGAGCUGCACCAGAAGCAUGAGCUUGCUAAGCGGAAACUUUUUCCCUUCUAUCAGCUUCCACCCAGCAAUGACCAAGCAAACGCUCUGCGCAAGAAACUCGGACUUUCGACAUCUGAGGUCGAGAUCGUUGCAGUCAACGGUAAGCGCGGAUGGUGGACCCAUUUUCCGUCGAAGGAGUUCACGUCUAUCAAGAUCGAGAACUGGGUGGAUGCCAUUCGUAUGGGCGAUUUCAAGAAGACAGAUAUGCCA